AUGUCAUUUGACCAGCAUAGUAGUACCCUUGUUCUUGAUAUGAUGAGAGGCAUGUCAUUUCUACCUGGUUUUGGGUUAGGACGACGCCAACAUGGAUCUAGUGAGUUUGUGACUUCUAUUGAUCAUGAAACUCCUUAUGGACUUGGAUUCACCCCUUCAGAGGAUGAUGUUUGUUAUAUGGCACGACUACGUAGGGACAGGGUAAGGGCUCGUUUGUUUGGCAUCCCAUUUGAUUAUCCUGUUCGCCCUUACACUUUCAGCUUGGCCGAUUACUUUGUUAGGGGAUCAGAGGUUCAGCCUCGUGUGGAAGAGAUAGGUGUUGAUGAUAGUACAUUAGGUGAGCUUCAGCAUGUGCUUCAUCAGAUGCAGUUGGGUGAUGAGACCCCUGACAUGUCAGCUUCUGCGAUGAUCCUUCCACCAUCUCCAGAUCGAGCCAGCUUAUUCUCCUUGUGCUUCCCGGAUGAUACUACUGAUUAUGGGGUAAUCAUUGAGCCCGAAGAUAUGACUGAUGGAGUAGUUCCUCGUGAUGAGUAUCAUGAUGAGAUGGACAUGUUGGGUAUCAGUCAGUUCCUUGAUACAGUUCAGCGUGAGCCUUUCUCGCCAUUGGAACUUUUUGGAGUAUCUGUCAUCGAGAUUGCUGAGGAGGAUCAGACUGUUCCUGCUCCUGAGCUUUCUGCUUUUGUUAUUCCUACUGUUGAUAUGUAUGAGGGCACUGUUGGCCCAAUUGAGGGAGCGUCCGACUCUGUGGACCCACCUCUUUCAUUUGACAUUCUAUCGGGAUUUGUCACCCGCUUUGACUGUGUUUCUGAUGAUUCAGUUAUGGAUUUGAGCAUUUACGAGUAUUCGUCUGUCUCUUGUGAUGAUGUUUCGUUAUUUGCACCUUAUUCACUCACUUCACAGAUAUUUGAUAUAAAUGAUGAAAUUGCACAGCCCGAUUCAAGUAAAGACUCUUUUGAUCACGACUCUGAUCCCAUAGAUGAGAGAGUUUCACCCGCUAUAGGGGAUGUUGAGGUUAUUGAUUUUGGCACAGAUGAUCAGCCUAGAGAACUGAAGAUUGGCCUUGAUCCCUCUAUAGUUCAGCAUCAUCUGCCCAUCUUGCCACAUGCCAGACCAGUUAAGCAGAAAUUGAGGCGAUUACACCCACGUUGGAGUCUGCAGGUGAAAGAGGAGAUUAAAAAACAACUCAGUGUUGGAUUUAUAUCAGUGGUUGCGUAUCCAGAAUGGUUGUCUAACGUUGUCCCUGUUCCAAAAAAGGACGGCAAAGUCGGGGUUUGUGUUGAUUUCAAAGACCUUAAUAAAGCCAGCCCUAAAGAUGACUUUCCUCUCCCACACAUUGAUUUGUUGGUCGAUGGCACCGCUGGCCAUUCGAUGUUGUCAUUCAUGGAUGGGUUUUCAGGGUAUAAUCAGAUUUUGAUGGCUUCAGAGGAUAUGGAAAAGACAGUCUUUAUUACUAAGUGGGGUACUUAUUGUUACAGGGUUAUGCCAUUUGGGUUAAAGAAUGCCGGAGCCACUUAUCAGCGAGCCGCCACUGCUUUAUUUCAUGACAUGAUGCAUAGGGAUGUUGAGGUGUAUGUCGAUGAUAUGAUUGUGAAAUCCCGAGGCAGAGCAGAUCACCUAGCGGCUCUAGAGAGAUUUUUUGAAAGGAUUCGAAAAUUCAGAUUGAGGUUAAAUCCCAAGAAGUGCACUUUUGGAGUAACUUCUGGGAAAUUGUUAGGGCAUAUGGUCAGUGAGCGAGGCAUAGAGGUUGACCCAGAUAAGAUCAAAUCCAUACUUGACAUGCCUGUGCCAAGGACUGAGAAAGAGAUCAAGGGCUUUCUGGGUAGGUUACAGUACAUCAGUCGAUUCAUAGCCAGAUUGACAGACAUAUGUGAGCCUAUUUUUCGUCUAUUGAGAAAGAACCAGCCUACAGUUUGGAAUGAUGAUUGUCAACUUGCGUUUGAGAGGAUUAAGGAGUAUUUGCUUUCUCCUCCUGUUUUAGUGCCUCCCAUGCCAGGGCGUCCACUUCUUUUAUAUCUGUCAAUUUUAGACAUGACCUUGGGAUGUAUGCUAGCUCAGCUGGAUGACUUAGGAAAGGAGCGAGCUAUCUACUAUCUGACGCUAGUAUGGGCUACUAGGAGGUUGAGGCAUUACAUGACAGAAUAUUCAGUACACUUGAUUUCCCGUCUUGAUCCAUUGAGAUACUUGUUUGAUAGACCUGAUUUGGCUGGUAGACUGAUGAGAUGGUUAGUGCUUCUUACAGAAUUUGAUAUUCAUUAUGUCUCUCAGAAAUCCAUUAAGGGAAGCGUUGUUGCGGAUCAUUUAGCGUCCUUACCAAUAAUCGAGAGUAGGCCAAUUGAUGAUGAUUUUCCAGAUGAGGAGUUUGUUGCUAUGACUAGAUUAUCAGGAUGGUGCAUGUACUUCGAUGGAGCAGCUAAUCAUUCAGGGUAUGGGAUAGGUGUUUUGUUGGUAUCUCCCCAGGGUGAUCACAUCCCGAGAUCUGUUCGUUUAACAUUUCCUGAUUACUAUCCCACCACAAAUAAUAUUGUUGAGUAUGAGGCAUGUAUCCUCGGUUUAGAGACUGCACUAGAGCUUGGCAUCACACAGGUGGAUGUACUUGGUGAUUCCAAUCUAGUGCUCAGACAGGUUCAGGGUGACUGGAAGACCAGAGACGCGAAGUUGAAGCCAUGCCAUGCCUACUUGGAGUUAUUGAUUGAGAAAUUUGAAGAGUUGAAAUACAUUCAUCUCCCUAGAGCACAUAAUCAGUUUGCUGAUGCUUUGGCUACCUUAGCUUCUACAGUUGAUAUUCCAACUAAUGUGGUAGUUCGUCCUUUAUUGAUUGAGACUAGAUCUGCGCCCGCAUAUUGUCAUUUGAUUGAUGAGACAGAGUUCCAAGAUGACCUACCAUGGUUUCAUGACAUUCGUCAGUUUCUUAGAUUUGACACAUACCCUGAAGCUGCGACAGCCAAGGAUCGGAGAGCAUUGAGGCAGUUAGCCACUAGAUUUGUGAUGUGUGGAGAGACCUUAUACAGACGAUCAGUUGAUGGGAUAUUACUAUUAUGUUUGGAUCGAGCCUCUGCAGAUCGAGUGAUGAGAGAGGUUUAUGCAGGAUUUGUUCAGAGAUGCCCAGAGUGUCAGAUGCAUGGGGAUCUUAUUCAUGUACCACCCUCAGAGUUGCAUGCUUUGACAUCACCAUGGCCAUUCUUAGUAUGGGGUAUUGAUAUCAUUGGAAAGAUCUCGCCGAAAUCUUCCAAUGGCCAUGAGUUCAUCUUAGUAGCCAUUGAUUAUUUUACCAAGUGGGUGGAAGCUGCAUCAUAUGCGAAGUUGACAUCUUCUAGAGUUGCUAGUUUCAUCAGGUCACACAUCAUUUGUCGCUAUGGAGUUCCACACGAGUUGAUUUCAGAUAGGGGUGCACACUUUAGAGCUGAAGUCGAAACUUUGUUACAGAAGUAUGGCAUCCAACACCACAGAUCGUCUGCAUACAUGCCACAAACUAAUGGAGCUGUAGAGGCUGCAAAUAAGAACAUUAAGAGAAUUCUGAGAAAGGUGGUCGAGACUUCUCGGGAUUGGUCAGAAAAACUUCCUUUUGCCUUAUGGGCAUAUCGUACUUCUUUUCGCACUCCUACAGAAACUACACCUUACUCCUUGGUGUAUGGUAUGGAGGCUGUUUUGCCAAUCGAGAUAGAGAUGGGUUCUUUAAGAGUAGUUCUUGAGCAGCAGAUUUCAGAGACAGAGUGUGCCCAGAUGUUCGUUUCUCCUGAGAAAGAACAUAUCUCGCUGCCUUUGGAGAAUGUAGGGGAGUCAUUUAAGUCAACUUCCCCAGCAGGAUCAUACCCGGAUUCCCUUAAUGGGUUUCCGGCGGGUACUGAAUUAUGCGAUCCGGUUACUGUUCCUGUUCCGGCCCUCUAUACUGAUGUGACUGUUGUUCCUGAGCAAGAAAAGCAGGAGUUUGAGUAA